AUGGAGGAGGUGGGAUGGAGGAGGUGGGAUGGAGGAGGUGGGAUGGAGAAGGUGGGAUGGAGGAGGUGGGAUGGAGAAGGUGGGAUGGAGGAGGUGGGAUGGAGAAGGUGGGAUGGAGGAGGUGGGAUGGAGGAGGUUGGGUGGAGGAGGUGGAGUGGAGGAGGUGGGACGGAGAAGGUGGGAUGGAGAAGGUGGGAUGGAGGAGGUGGGAUGGAGAAGGUGGGAUGGAGGAGGUGGGAUGGAGAAGGUGGGAUGGAGGAGGUGGGAUGGAGAAGGUGGGAUGGAGGAGUUGGGAUGGAGGAGGUGGGAUGGAGGAGGUGGGAUGGAGGAGGUGGGAUGGAGAAGGUGGGAUGGAGGAGGUGUGAUGGAGGAGGUGUGAUGGAGAAGGUGGGAUGGAGGAGGUGGGAUGGAGGAGGUGGGAUGGAGAAGGUGGGAUGGAGAAGGUGGGAUGGAUGUUCGUAUGGAGAAGGUGGGAUGGAGGAGGUGGGAUGGAGGAGGUGGGAUGGAGAAGGUGGGAUGGAUGUUCGGAUGGAGAAGGUGUGA